AUGUCGCAAAGAGCAUAUCGGAAAGCGAAACCCGAUAGUAAGGAGGACAGAUCCGCCAUGGAACUCCACACAGCCGCACGCAACGGCGACUUGGAGGCGGUUCGGCGGUUGAUAGUGGUGGAAGGGGCUGACGUCAACGCUCGCGAUAAGCUGAACCGCACGCCGCUCCACUUAGCAGCCUGGGCGGGUCACGCUGACGUCAUCACCCUGCUGUGCGCCAGCAAGGCGGCGGUCAACGCGGCAGCCGCGGACGACACGUCAGCGCUGCACUUCGCGGCGCAGAAGGGCCACGUCAGCGCCACGCGUGCACUGCUGGCGGAAGGAGCCAAGCCGGCCGCGGCCACUAGAAAGGGCAUGACUGCCUUGCACUUCGCAGCUUCCAAGAACUUUCCGGAGGUAGUUAGGCUACUAGCUAGGAAGGGGGGCAAGGAGCUAUUAGGUAUGCGGAAUAAGAGCGGUGAGAAGGCCGUGGACUUGGCUGAGGACGAGGAGAUUAAGAGACUACUGGAGGGUUUGGAGGAAGAGUUGGAUGAUGCUUCAAUAAAGAUUGUUUCUAAGGUGAUCCCAUAG